CAGCGUUGCCAAGUAAUGGACAGACCGUUUGAAUAUAUAAGGUUAAUAUCUGAGGUUACUCAAAGGAGAUGCUCUGUUUAUGUGGGUAUGUUCUGGUGUCAUAUAAAUAAUGUGACACAGUUGUCAUAAAAAUUACAAACUAUUUAGGCAAAGGACACGCAUUCUGGAGGACAUUGGCAACCGUGGAUGGACUAGUGACGACAGACUAAACCUGUAACUGGGAGAUACUCGUAACUGAUCGUAAACUUCUGUUUUCAGGUCGAGUUGAUUCAACACCGGCUUUUCGGCAGUGAUUCUGUCAAGAGAUGCAGACGUUCGUGAAAGGAAAGCGAGUUGGAUACUGGCUCAGCGACAAGAAGAUUAAAAAACUUCAUUUCCAGAACUUCGUGGAAAUGUGCAGAAAACAAGGCAUAGAGAUGAUCCAGCUGGAUCUAAGCCACCCAAUAGAGAAGCAGGGUCCUUUUGAUGUCAUCAUCCACAAGCUGACCGACCACAUCGUUGAGGCUGACCAGAAUGUCACGGAGUCUCUACUCCUUGUACAGGGAGUUCAGGACUACAUAGAUGCUCACCCGGAAACAGUGAUUCUGGACCCUCUUCCAGCCAUUCGUACCUUGCUGGACCGCUGCAAGUCAUACAAGCUAAUCCAUAAAAUUGAAGACUGCAUGAAAGAUGAGAGGAUCUGCUCACCUCCAUUCAUAGUCCUCAAGAGCGAAUGUGGCACAGAGACUCUGAAGCUGCUCCACAAAAAUGGAAUCACAUUCCCUUUCAUUUGCAAAACCCAGGUAGCUCAUGGCACCAACUCCCAUGAGAUGGCCAUCAUCUUCAGUGAAGAAGAUCUGAAAGACAUUAAGCCUCCUUGUGUAAUCCAGAGCUUCAUCAACCAUAAUGCAGUUCUGUACAAGGUCUUCGUAGUGGGAGAGGCCUACAGUGUGGUGCAGCGGCCCUCAAUUAGAAACUUUCCCUCUGGACCCACAGAUAGAAGAGCUAUUUCCUUUAACAGUCACCAUGUGUCCAAGCCAGAGUCCUCUUCUCACCUGACCAGUAGGGACAACACAGAGGGACAGUAUUCGGCACCCAGCGAUGAUGUUAUUCAGAAAAUGUCCAGAAGGUUACGACAAGCCCUCGGAAUUUCUCUGUUUGGGAUUGACAUCAUUAUAAACAACCAGACCGGCCAGCACGCUGUCAUUGACAUCAACGCAUUUCCAGGUUACGAGGGAGUCCCAGAGUUUUUUAAAGACCUGUUGAGUCACAUCACCAGUGUUCUUCAAGGUCAGGUAUCUAACGGAGCGGCAUGCGCUUACCUGAGAGUGAAUGGAAUAGCACAGAGCCCAUCUGUGGCCUGUGCGAUGCACUGUGGCAUGCUAGGAAAUGAAAGCAGUUGCUGGUUCAAGGACAGCGAGGAGAUCAAGAGGGACUCCCAUCAUGGAAGGAGUUGCUGCGGUGCUUGCAUGGCUCCAAACUUUCACCAGCAUGGCAGAUCCAGUUUAGCAGCAGAGACUUCCUCACAGUGACACUGUGUGACCAUGCCAGCCUAAUAGAAUAUUUAAUUACCAUUCACAAACCAAUUUAAUCCUCAACAAAUGGUAGGUGUAUAAAAAAUUUAUUUGUGCCAAAUGUAAAUUGUGAAGGAAAUGAUUAAAUGUGUGUUGAUUGUUUUGUCUGAGUUGAUUUGAUUUAAAUUAAUGUUUCAAAGGGGCUACCUGAUAAUUUUAUGUGAUUUGAUCUUCUUUUAUGAAUGUUGCACUGGACUUGAUUUACAUAGAAAGGAUUAAAAAUAUUAUUCAUAUUAAUAUAUUAGUGAGAUACAUAACUUGAAAGGAUUUGGUUGUAACUUUAAGAUGCUGCACUAUAAAAAAAGAAAGAAAGAAAAAGAAAAUAUGUGCCCAGUUGGCACUAAGGCUUAUCUUGUAGCAUGUAUGAGAACUCUUGCCAAAAUUCUCGACUGGAGAGCUUGGUCACCUUACAGUGCUGUCUGAAGCAAUCUGGUGGCAAUUAAUCUCUAGAAAACACAGCAAGAGCAGCUCUGCUUGCUCUAUGUAACAGAUUGUAGGGUGAGAUGUUUUUAAAGAGUAAUCAUUUCAUAUCUGGAGGAACCUGUAGUCCUUUAUGUAGUUGUACUUCUUUUAAAACAUCCUUCCCACACUGACGGGAGCUGUGAGAAUAGAUGGGAUUAUACAUUGUUAACAAACAGAAAACUAACUAAUUUACAUACCACUUAAAGGAAUGUCACUCAAAAAUGAAAAUUCUGUCAUCAUUUACUCACCAAUCAAUUUCAAGCCUUUAUGAUUUCUUUCUUAGCAGAAAGUUGGUGCUGUUUUUUUUUUUCUUCUAUACACUGAAAGUGAACGGUGACUAGGGGCCAUCAAGAUUUUAAGUCAUUAUGCACUGAUAAUCUUCUAUAUUAAGUGGAAUUUACAACAUAAAUUUUGGUCUGUUCCACUUACAAAGCCAUUGUAUAACUUGGAAAGCGGAUUUAGUGUUAAAGUUGUAUAUGGAAUACUGUUUUGGUAAUCUUAUGCUUUUUUUGUCAUUAUUAUAGCUUGACAGCCCUGGUCACCAUUCACUUUCAUUGAAUGGAAAAGAGCAGCAUGAACAUCCUGUAUGUUCAUGUUGACAAAUGUGUUAAAUUUGCUGUUUUAACAGUUUAAGUUUGUGUGUUGGUCUGUUCUGUGUCCAAUUGCUUUGUGGUUUGUUUGUACAUGAUGUAUACUUUGUACAUAUGCUGAUUUAUUUUUUUAGGUAGAAAAAGAGCCCUUUAAAUGACAAAACAAUGAACCUGAUAAUAAAAACAUAUUUCUGAU